AUGUUUGGUGAUGCUCCUCCUCUACCUACAUGUACGGAAUCAUAUGCCUUCCAGGUGGCUGGUCAUUCUCGAGAAAAUGCAAGUAGUUUUGAAAUACUUCGAGAUAAAUCUAAACCAAUUAUAUACAAGUCAUUACAAGAUCGUGAAAGAGGUAUGCGUGAAGUGAUGUUUUAUCAAAGUGUAUUUUCACCGGAUGCUUCGGAAGCACUUAAACGUCUUCGUCAAUUUAUUCCAACUUAUUAUGGAGUUUUUCAAUGUCCAGGAACUAAAGCUUACUACAUGGCUUUAUCUGAUCUGGUGGCCGAUUUCAAACAACCAAAUAUCUGUGAUUUUAAAAUGGGUACAGUCAUAAAUUACCCGGAAGAUUCAAUCCCACCUGAACAAUUUCAAUAUACCUGGCGUCGUGAACUAGGUAUCAUGUUAGCCGGUAUUCAGAUUUCCGAUCCAGUGAAUCAUUGUUUAAUCAAGUUGAAUAAAGCAUUUGGACGCACUUUAACUCCAGAACAAGUUUAUUCACUUUGUGUAAAACCAUUUCUAGGUGCAGAUCGUACCUAUAGUAUUAAACUUGCACAAAGUUAUAUCACACAACUUAAUCGUAUUUUAAAUUGGUAUGUGGAAUAUGGUGCGAAAGAGCUCACAUUCUGUCGUUCCUCACUUUUAUUGAUUCAUGAGUCAUUGACGAUUGACAACAGUAAUAAUGAUCACUGUCUUUCUGAAACGUGUUCUGAAUCAUCUCCUAUAUCAUCAUCUACCACAAUAACAUCUGACAAUCAGUCAGUCAGUAGUUCAAAUGAUACUACCAACUCCGAUACUCCUAUUUCUUCAAAUGGAAAGAAUAUUAGUAACAUAAGCAGUGACAGUGAUGGUCAUAAUACUGCACAUACAGAGGUUUAUUUAAUUGAUUUUGUCCGUUGGAAAGCUAAAUCAUCUACUAAUGACAAUGAUAGUAGUGGUGGUGGUUGUAGUAAGGAUUGUUGGAGUUGUGAACUAACUGAUGGUUUUCGGCAUGGAUUGGAAACGUUGAUCAAGUUAAUGCAACAUGUGGUUGAUACAGAAAAUUCAGCUGAAAUAGAACAAUGUUAAUGUUGAAUGAUUCUAUCAUUAUUGUUACAUACAGAUUGGUAUUUGUCAACUUUCUGAAAUUGAUUUACAUCUACACACAUAUAUGCUCAGUAGCGUUAUAUGUUCUCGCUUCUGAUUGGAUACUGUGACUUACUCAUUAACCCUCCUGCAUCUCUCUCUGUCUCUUUGAAUUGCACUGUAGUUGUGUUUGUUUCUUAUAAUUAUUCUUAUUUACUGCUUACUACGUUCAUGUGUAGUUCGCUUAGAAACAAAAGAUUUCUGCAUUCUGAGUUCUUAGAUUUAUCUUUAUCCUUAUUGAUUUUAAUUUUGUUUUUAUUAUGUAUACGUACACCUAUUUUUGAAG